AUGUCUGAGCCGCUGAAUGACGACAAAAAUUCCUUGUUAGACGAGCUGGAAACAAUACACAAACGAAUAAAUGAGGAAUCGGAUAGACCAGAUAGUGGAGGACUCGGUAAAGCAGCUGUUAGUCGUGUGGAAAGUACUCAAAAUGAACAUAAGCGACACUCGAUGUUUUCGGGCCUGCUAGGGAAGAGAGACAAAAACUCGUCUUUACCUUUAUUUGCGGGGAGCUCUUCGCAUCAAGGUCUCCUGGCUACAAACUCUGGCGAAGAUAUGAACUUUGUAAUGGGGCUAAGUGAGAAUUUGUUGUUGGAGUGUAGAAAAUUACAAAUUGAAAUUGAAGGGAAAUCCAGGUCCAUUGACAAUUUGAGACAAAAUUGCGAGCAGCUUCAAGAUGAGCAUGAUCAUUUGAAAAAAGACUUUGAUGAACAAAGCUACGCACGAUCACAAACUCUUGCUGAACUUGAAUUAGUGCAGAACUCAAAGAGCCACCUGGAACUCGAACUCAAGGACAUGUCUGUCGAAAUAGGAAAACUGAAAGAAAAACUUAAUGAAAAAACUGAAGUAAUCAAAGAUCAAUCCCUCAAUAUCGAAACGCUCAGGCAAGGUAUGAAGGCACAAAUUGCCGACCUGAGAAAAGAGAUUGAUGUAAUGAAAGAAGAACAUAUCAAAGAGCUGACUAGAAAAGACGCGGUUAUUGAAGAACAAUCUCUUAAUAUCGGUACUCUCAAUACAAAGACACAAAUUACCGACCUCAAUAAGGAAAUUGAUGUACUGAAAAAAGAGCAUAUAAAUGAGCUGAAUAAGAAGGACGCUGUUAUCGAAGAGCAAUCUAUCAAUACCAAUAUUAUACAACAGGAUACAAAGAGACAAAUUGCUGACCUCAGGAAUGAAUUAGAUCUGCUAAAGGAAAACCAUGUUGCAGAGCUUGAAAAUGAAAAAAAAACAGCUAACAUCGUUGAUGUUGGGGCAUCCGUUAAAGAAACUACUGAAUAUCUCCAGCUUGAACGUAAGCUGGAAGAAGCACAAAAAGAAAUAGACCAUUUGACACAAGAAUUGACGGAUGCAACAAAUAACAGCUCUUACGAUGACAAUGAUGCAUUUUUCAAAGCCGGCACGGACAAGGACGAGAAUAUUCACCGAGACCUUCCAUUUUUAAAUGCUUUAGAGGUUGGAACUAUAGUGGCCCUACCGAACGAUAAUUCAUCUGAAAAAGUUAAUGAUGAUUUGUUGUCGAAUGAAUCAAUGAUAGGUAAAUUAGAGUCUGUUGGCUAUAAAGUUAUUUCAAGUCCGGCAUAUAAUGAAAUGCAAAAAGAGAUGUCGGAGUUCAUUCAGCAGUCUAAAAGACCAGAGCUUACGUUGACGGAGAUGCAGAAUAAACUAAAAAACAGUGGCUAUUUCGUUUAUGACAAUGCAGCUCAUGAAGUGCUACAGGCUUCCAUUGAGCGUCCUGAUAUGGAACAUAUACGAAAGGCGCUAGAACGUAUUGGAAUGACAAUGGUCCCCAAGGAAAGUUCAAAUAAGAUUUCGAUAAUCGAAAAAUCCAAGAAGGACACAGUUGUGCCAAUGGAUAAAUACCAUGAACUCCAGAGAAGAUUCACAGCUCCCUCUAAAAGUGACUUAGAGCGUGAUAGCGAAAAGUUAGGGCUGACAAUUCUUUCAUCCACGGAACUUGAUGAAAUGAAAAGCCUCAUUAAUACUCCUCCCCUCGAAUUUCAUGAGAAGAAACUCGCAAAUAUUGGCUAUUCAGUAAUAAAAUCGGACGAAUAUGAAGAGCUCAAAACAAAAGCUAGUACUUCUGGUCUUGAAAACUUGACAAAGAUGGCCAAAAUGUAUGAUUGUGUUUUGGUUAAAAUCACGGAUAUAUGUCAGAGUGGUAUUUAUGAUGUGGAGGCGCUCAAAAACAUGGGUGAGGACGGAAAAUUUGUUCUUUUAGAGGAAAGCUCUUAUCAUGCAAUGCUGAAUGGUGACUCAAAUAAAAUUAAUAAAAGGGAGGUAUUAAAGCUGUGCUCUAAGUUCGAUUUGGUGCCACUUGCUUCCAAAAAAUACGAAGAGCUGACAAAACCGCCCGGUAUUGAUAAAAUUGAAGCAUAUGCUGCACAAAAUGCUUCAGUUAUUAUCACAAGGGAAAAUUACGACACUUUGAAGUCUGAGGCGGAUUACCCAACUGAAGAAGCCGUUAAAGGGUUUGCAGAGCAGAAUGGCCUCUCUAUGGUUAACAAAAACGAAUAUCACACAAUGAUUGAUAAACUGGACAAUCCCAGCAAGCAUUACCUGGAAAAACAAGCCGGAAAAUUAGGGUUAGCGGUUAUUUCAAUCGAUAAGUAUGAUAGCCUUUUGAAAGAAAUCAAUGAUAAGUCAGUACCAACAACUCCGUCAAAUGCGUCAAAGGUAUUAGCUAGCAAGCAAUACUUUGAGGAGGUAAUACGAAAUGAAAAUGGUAAACCCGAAAAAAUACUUGAAUCUACCAAAAUUCUUGGGUUCGUUACUCUGUCAAAUGACGAGUACAAAACGUUAAAAGAUAACCAAAAAGAACGUGUCAUGACUAAAAGUGAUAUUUAUCACGGCGCAAAGAUAUAUGACCUUACUGUCAUUCCAAAUGAUGAAUACCGCGCGCUACUCAAGAGGAAAUCACAUGGCGACAGCUUAGAAUUCGGCGACCUUGAAAUGAUGGCGGCAAGGUUCGAUAUGCAAAUUGUACCCUUAAAUAUCAAGGAUUCAGAAUCUCCAACUCCUCGCCGUGUAAAGACAAUAGAUAAUGGCGUGGGUACCGAUAUGACGUUUGUUAACAAAGACUCAUCGGAUCACUUUACGUCAAUGGAGACAAAUGGAAAGAUAAAUGAUGUCUCACAGGGAAAACUCAUUCGGACAGAAGGGAGUCUAGAGCUUGUAGGGGUUGAAAACUCUUGGGAAAGCUCACAGAACGAAACUGAGUCUGUAUCAGGAACAGUUCUGGACCAUUGCACAUCUGUAGAUUCACCUCCAGACGCAGAGAAACUUGAGAACCUGCGAAAACACGCCGAAUGCAUGGGCUACCAUUUGAGUUUAAUUUCAGAUGAACAAAACCGGGAUACAGUGAAGGACAGUCCAUCCCUAACCAGUCCAGGGCCAUCUUUGAAUUCCAAUCAUGUUUUGGGCAAUGUUGAUAAAGAGAGGAUUGAAGCACUUGCAAGUAAGCUGGGGUUUUUACUGGUAUCUAAAGCGGAGUACGACGAAUUUUCUGAAUGUGCAAUCCUGAGGAAAAACGUUGAAAAUGGAAUAUUCAAAACUGGCACUGUAAUAUCGUCCACUGAAACUAUUGGUGAUGUAAAUGACUCUGCAGUUUUGGACGAAAGAUGCCUUCGGGCUAAGGCUUCUGAGUGGCACUUCAAAUUAUUUUCUGAGGUUGAAUUCAAGAGUUUCCAGUGUGAAUUGGAGCGAGACUUGAUGACACUGGAUAAUAUAAAAAAUAGAGCACAUGAAUUAGGAUAUGUGCUGAUUAUGAAGGAAAGAUUUGACCAACUGGAAAAUAUAGAAAAAACGAAUAAUAUGGGAGAUAAUGGUGAAAAUGAUGAGUCCAAUAAUAGUCUUUUGGUAAAGAGCGAUACAUCCACCUUGAACAUGGGGUUGCAGAAGAGUGAGAAGGUCAAUUCAUCAAAUGAUUCUUCUGUUGAGGGUACGCAGGACGGAUCUUGCAUACUUGCAAAGAGUGAGACUGGACACCAAGAGGCGUAUACACUAACAGCAAACCAAAUAAUAGAACAAGCAAAGCAACAUUCUCUGGUUGUUUUGAGUGCGGAGGAAUAUGAGAUGCUUAAAAACUACUCGAACAUUGACAAGCAACAGAUUAUGAAUUGUGCCAAAGUCCAGGGGUUGGUUGUACUAAACGAAACACACUACGAUGAUCUUAAAAGUUAUUCAAAUAUGACCAUUGAUCAAGUUAUUGAUCGAGCUCAGCAAUAUGACCUUGUUCCUUUGAAAACAAAAGAUUAUGAUGCUUUGAAGGAAAGUUCCGCAACGAGUAAAAAGCAAAUUGUAAAAGCAGCAGAAAAUUACAACAUGGUUGUUUUGGAUAAAGAUCAGUAUGAUAAUCUAAGAUUCCAUACACAAAUGACAAGGGAGCAGAUUAUUAGCUUCGCAAGAAGAUAUGACUUGGUGGCUAUUAACUCCCAAGAUUACAAAAACUUGAAAACUCCUAAGGCACUUUCUAUUGAGCUUUUGAGAAAAGAAGCACAAGACAAGGGAAUGGUUGUAGUUAGUCGUAAAGAUUUUAAUGAACUGAAUUCUGGUACUCAGAACCGAGAGCUGAAUCAAAUUCGCUCAAAGUCUGGGUCCAUGAAUAUUGCUACUAAGAAUUUUGACACUGAAGAGCAUUUCAAGGAGUUCAUUGAUGUAGCACUCAAAAAUGGCACUUUGAAGAGUGAGAAUGGCAAAGCCUUAUCAAGACCUACAAAUCUAAAGGAUGUUGUGCUGCUUCCUAGAAGCUAUUACCAGGAAUUGACAGCUGUAAAAACCAAUGGCGAUGAUCAGCAGCAUAUAUUGCUGCAAAGUAGGAACGAUAGAUUGAAUUCGAGGAGAUCCUUACAGCAAAAAAGACCAAAAACACAACGAUUGGAAAGUUUGGAGGUUAAAACGGAAGGUGAGGCUAAAAGAGGUUUAGUUCAAACAUCCCCGCAGAGUGUCAAUGAUGGCUGGGAAACUCUGCAACCGCAGAGUCCUGUGUCGGGGGGGACUUCAAUGAAACGUACUUUACGCAAACAGUAUAUUCCCCACAAUAGUGGGUUGAUGCCAGAACACUCAGAAGGAUCGGAGUUUCUGGAUAAUAUAUCCUUGACAUCAAUAGCUUCGCUAAAGGAUUCAACAAUUAUUCCUGUAUUGACGCAAACGGUAAUUGGAGAAUAUCUGUUCAAAUAUCACCGAUUUCUUGGAAUGGAAUCCCGACAUGAGAGAUUUUUUUGGAUUCAUCCCUACACAUUAACAUUAUACUGGUCUACCACAAAUCCCAUCUUGGAUAGUAAAUCGAAUUCACAAAGAACAAAAAGUGCCACCAUAUUGGGAGUAGAAAGUGUGCCGGAUUCAAACCCAUAUCCGGCUGGCCUUUAUCAUAAGAGCUUAAUAAUCGCAAGUGCUCAUAAAACGAUAAAGAUAACGUGUCCAACAAGAAGGAGGCACAAUGUUUGGUUUAAUUCAUUGCGAUACUUACUGCAAAAGAGUUCAAAAGGUACUAAUCUCCAGGAAGUUGCGAACGAUUCAACCGAUGACAUGUACACCGGGAAAGUUUUCCCACUUCCCAACAAUGCUUCAAACCUCAGCUCGAGUACCUUUUCAAGUUUCAACAGACUACCGAGUUCUAAAAGAUCGUACAAACGUCUAGUGCCAAGAAGCUCGUCAGUGCAAGUCAACAAGGGGUGA